AUGAAUAGUAUGAACUUCGUAACUUCGAGGGUGGUCAAUGCCUGGCCGAUUGAAAACUCGACGAAGGACUUCAGCCUUAAUGAGGAAUUCCAAAAUUCAACAUUAAAUGAAGAUGAAGAUGCUUUUAUUGAAGAUGAAUAUAUCUUCGAUAGAACUGAUGUUAGGGCUAUAUUCAUUACUUUGUAUACGAUUGUGUUUUGCUGCUGUUUCUUCGGCAACCUACUUGUUAUUCUGGUUGUUACUUUGUCAAGACGUUUGAGGUCAAUAACAAACUUCUUCUUGGCGAAUCUCGCUGUAGCAGAUCUGUGCGUGGGGGUUUUCUGCGUAUUUCAAAAUUUGACUAUUUACUUAAUACCGAGUUGGGUUUUCGGUGAUUUUUUAUGCAAGAUGUACCAGUUCGUGCACUCCCUCAGUUACACCGCAUCUAUAUUCAUCCUGGUCGUGAUCUGCACCGAGAGAUAUUUCGCUAUAAUUCAUCCAAUUACAUGCAAGCAAAUUCUCACGUCUACUAGAUUAAGGCUGGUGAUACUAGGUGUAUGGAUAACUAGUGCGGCAUAUAGCGCGCCUAAAUUCAUUUGGGUGGAGACGAUAACGAACAAUCUGGGCGACGGACACACGGAGACCAUUUGCAUACAGCAUCGCAUGAAGUAUAACUCUGAGAUAUUCGAUAUGGUCAACUUUGUAUUGCUGUACGUGAUACCAUUGUGCAUUAUGACAGUUUUAUAUACGAGGAUCGCAGUGGGUUUGUGGCAGAGUUCACAUGGCCUGCAACAGAUGGGGCACGCGCAGUGCUGUGGUGCUCAGAAGAACAUGUCAGCUACAACAAGUAAAGGCGGGAGUACAAAGAAGAGUUCACAGAACCAAGAAGGACGUAACUGUUACCAUUUGAGUCAUCUAUCGCGCAACGUGCUGCGCGCGCGCCGUGGCGUCGUCAGAAUGCUGAUAGUAGUCGUUCUCACAUUCGCGAUCUGCAACCUGCCCUUCCACGCCCGCAAGAUGUGGCAGUACUGGUCUACAGGCUAUCAGGGCACCAGCGACUUCAGCGCCCUCCUCACACCUUUGACAUUUCUCAUCACAUACUUCAACUCAGGAAUCAAUCCCUUACUGUACGCAUUCCUUUCUAAGAACUUCAGAAAAGGUAUGAGAGAGCUACUCUUCUGUAAAUUUCACGGUAAAAGGAAAAGUGACAAUUUGAUUUUGCUUAACCGUGUUGGUGGAACUGGCUUAAGGCGUAGUUCCACUCGGUCUACUCGUGCUAACUGCAGCACUGUCACAGUGGCGCCGAACGCGGACUCAUGAGACAUGCGUCGGAGGAGGUUCCUCUAUAAAGUUGAAAAUAUAGACAUUUCUUGAUUAACGGAGAGCACGGACGAGGUGACCGACAGUAGUGGUAUGUGCACCUCUGUGGUGUCAAAAAAGGACCUGUACGAUUGACUUUUAGUGUUCGUGAUGUGAAAUUGUGUAAUUACAAAAUUGAUGAAAAAUAUUGUUAAUCUCUUUUCGCUUGAUAAGAUUCAUUAAUUAUCCAUUUUAGUUUGUAUUAAGAUGUUAUAGUAUAGUUGUUAUGAGCUUACG